AUGGCCGAGGAGUCGCCGGAUUACAAGUGUCUAUAUCUGAAGGAACAACGCAGGCGUGAAGCAGCGGAGAACGCCCAGAGAGAAGCGGAAGCAGCACGGGAGGAGGAACAAUGCAGGCGCAAGGAGGCGAAGCGAGGCCAGGAAAGAGCGGCAGAGCAGACGCGCAAGACAGCCCUUCCCGAGUUCCUCCAUGCCUGCCACACCCAUCUCCACUCCGGCCUCACCCCCUACCAACGCAAACAACAAGCUUCGCCCGGAAAGGCUGGCCCUGUGGGCCGACUUCCCUGCGCGACAGCCACCAUCUGGGACGAUUUGAUGGAGUCCGGCUUCGCGUCCGUACGACAUUUCACGUCGCUGCACACACUCGAGGAGACGGGCGAGGCCGUGCGGCGGCGGAUGAUGAGCUCGGAGCUGGACCUGAACCUCUUCCAGCGGCACACCGUCGAAGACCAGGUAUCGCUGAUCAUCCAGGGCAUGCACAGCGACCGUCGACCGCGGCAGAAGUUUGGGCUGCAGGGCUCGGUGAACUUUGAGAACCACGCCAAUACGCUCAGCCCGGAGGAGCAGCUGGAAGAGGACAUGGAGCAGCUGAUGGUGUCGGGGACCGGGCGACGGCAGUCACCGCGUCUGCAGGCGAAAGCGAAAGCCAAAGCGAAGGAGACACGGCCGUCAGGCUCGACAGUUUGCGUAUACAACACGGGCACGACUCGAAGCGCUCAGGACCGCAUUGCGGCCUUUAUCCUCGAGUACAAGGCGCUGCACAAGCUCUCGCUCGGCUACGUCUACGAGGGACUAGGCGAGAUGGAACUCGACGAGGUGGUGCAGUGCCGCGACGACGAGACGUUGAGAGACCGCUUUCGCCGGCUGGUCGCCGUGGUCAUUACCCAGGCCUUCUCCUACAUGGUCCGGAUCGGAGUGGAGUACGGGUGCGUAUGCACGGGUGAAGCUUACAUCUUCCUACAUAUAGGAGACGACCCCAGGACGGUGCACUACUUCCUCUCGGUGCCAAAGGACGACGUGGGAGAGACGACGGGGUGGACAGCCGGCUCAGAGGGUGGAAACCGGUUGCACCUGACAGCAGUGGGCCAGAUGCUGGCCUUUACCCUCCAGGCGCUGAAGACACCGCCGCGGUCGCAGCGAUGGCGGGCUAAGGCAGCGGCACAACUGCGCAGCUGGGAGGUGGUGUACGACGAGCUGCUGGACGCGAUCCCUGAAGGCAUGACGCAGUCGUCGGAGUACCAGCCUCCAGAGGACGACAGCUUCCUGCGCAUGUCGCCUGUGCAGCUGCGCGGUGGAAGAGAGAAAUAG